GGAAGCACAAAAAGGGAGAACCGGCCACAGUCACCGUACUCGUUUCCCAUCUCGCUCUCAGGACUGAAGGCAGCCGCAGGCGGAAGACCACCACAGAGGGCGAGCUUUCGGCCGCAGCCUAACAACACUGAGGGUCUGGCAGUGGCCCCCAUGGGGUCUGUGAACUCCCGAGGUCACAAGGCGGAAGCCCAGGUGGUGAUGAUAGGCCUGGACUUGGCCGGCAAGACCACGCUCCUGUACAAACUGAAGGGCCACCAGCUGGUGGAGACCCUGCCCACCGUGGGUUUCAACGUGGAGCCUCUAGAAGUCCCUGGGCACAUGUCUCUGACCCUCUGGGAUGUCGGAGGGCAGAGCCAGCUCAGGGCCAGCUGGAAGGACUACCUGGAGGGCACGGACGUCCUCAUGUACGUGCUGGACAGCACAGACGAAGCCCGCUUGCCCGAGGCAGUGGCUGAGCUCACCGAGGCCCUGGACGACCCCCACCUGGCCAGCGUGCCCCUCCUGGUGCUGGCCAACAAGCAGGAGGCACCCCACGCCCUGCCGCUGCCUGAGAUCAGAGACAGGCUGGGCUUGCACAGGUUACAGGGGCGCUGCUGGGAGCUGCAGGGCUGCAGCGCCCUCACCGGAGAGGGGCUGCCCGAGGCCCUGGAGAGCCUGAGGCGCCUCCUGAAAUCCCGCAACCACUGUAACUCCAGGUCAGCACAGGAGGCAGGCUGUGGGGAGAGCCGGAAGCCUUGACCCAGGCAGAGCAGCCUGUCUUCUUCGCUCAUGUGGAUCGGAAGACCAGCUAAUCCUGGAGAAUCUCAAAUUCAGUUUAUCAAACAAGGAAUCCCCCUGCGCUCGGACAGCAUAUUUUCCUCUUGGGACUUACUGUCACCAGUGUUUGUGUUGAAAAUCAACUAUUCUUUGAAUAAUGAUACUCUGAGGGAAAAAACAUACCUCAGCAUACUUCAUUUAGUAACUCAUUACCACGUGUGAACUAAGCAAUUGUAAUAACAGAAAAAGUGGUUGCAGAAUAAUUAAGACCUAAAUUCACACAGGGAAAGAGGUUUCAAAAUCAAAUCAGAGUAUCACCUGGACAUGGGCAUGAUCUUAUUUAUGAGUGAUUUUCCCCGGUAGCCCCUGGGUAUGUGCCACCACCACUCUGAGGGCAAGGAGUCAGGGCCAGCAGGAUGGAGUCUGCUUCUGCAGGAUCUUGGGUUUAGAAGUUCAAUGGGGUGCUCAGCCCUGGGCAGAGGCUGGGAGUUCAGGCCUUCCAAAAUUGAUCCUCUUCUUUGACCCUGA